AGACAAAUUCUAAAUUAGCAAAAAAAUAAAACAAAUUCUUCAAAAGCUUGAAUCCUUUCCCCACUCACAAGCCUCUCCCUUCUUAUGCCCCUCUCCGAGAGCCUUCAGAGAGCGAGCGCUGAGAACCAAAAAAAGAAAAAAAAGCCUCUCAAGAGAUCAAAAAGAGGGAGGAGGAUAUAAACAAACAAGGCAAAAUCCAAAGGGAGCUCGAGCAGUGAGGAAAGAAAUAAGUAAAGUUCGCAAAAACGCAUGCUCCUCGAUGUCCUAAAAACCCUCCCACUUCCCCAUAACCCACCCCCUCUUCUUCUCAACCCACCAUUACUUCCCCUUCCCUCCUGCUGGUUUUACCUCCUUUCCACCCACUCUUCUCGUCCUCCUCCAGCUAAAAAGGUUAGAGAACCAUCCGAAGAAGAACUAAAGAUGAUCACCCUAUCCGAUUUCUACAACGUCAUGACCGCCGUGGUGCCGCUUUACGUGGCCAUGAUCCUCGCCUACGGCUCCGUCAAAUGGUGGAAAAUCUUCUCCCCUGACCAGUGCUCCGGCAUCAACCGCUUCGUCGCCCUCUUCGCCGUCCCCCUUCUCUCCUUCCAUUUCAUCUCCACCAACGAUCCCUACGCCAUGAACCUCCGCUUCAUCGCCGCCGACACCCUCCAGAAGCUCAUGGUGCUCGGUGUCCUCACCCUCUGGACCCAACUCACCCGCCGUGGCUCCCUCGAGUGGACCAUCACCCUCUUCUCCCUCUCCACCCUCCCCAAUACCCUCGUCAUGGGCAUCCCCCUCCUUAAAGGCAUGUACGGCCCCUUCUCCGGCGGCCUCAUGGUCCAGAUCGUAGUCCUCCAAUGCAUCAUUUGGUACACCCUCAUGUUGUUCCUCUUCGAGUACCGCGGCGCCAAGAUGCUUAUCACCGAACAGUUUCCCGACACUGCCGGCUCCAUCGCCUCCAUCGCUGUCGACUCCGAUGUCGUCUCCCUCGACGGGCGCAGGGACGCCCUCGAGACCGAGGCCGAGAUCGGAGAAGACGGCAGGAUUCACGUCACCGUCCGACGGUCGAACGCCUCCCGGUCGGAUAUUUACUCCAGGAGGUCGCAGGGUUUCUCCACCACCACCCCUCGUCCUUCCAACCUCACCAACGCCGAGAUUUACUCGCUUCAGUCCUCCCGCAAUCCCACGCCGCGGGGCUCCAGCUUCAACCACAACGACUUCUACUCCAUGGUCGGCAGGAGCUCCAACUUCGGCGCGGCGGAUGCCGGCUACGGCGCGUCGAGGCCGUCCAACUAUGAGGAGGAGCACGGCACCGCCAGGUCCAGGUUCCACUACCCGGCGCCGAAUCCGACCAUUUUUUCGACGGCGCCGCCGGCGGCGACGGCGGUGGGCGCUCCGAGGGUGCAGGUGGUGGGCGGCAAGGUGGCCAACGGGCAAUCCCAUUUGGUGAAAGCGGAGGACGGAGGUACCAAGGAUCUCCACAUGUUCGUGUGGAGCUCCAGCGCGUCUCCAGUCUCCGACGUGUUCGGAAAUAACCAGGAAUACGUCUUCCCACCGGCGCCCACGGAUCCUUCAGCCGUCAAACAAGUCAGAAUGACUACAGUUUCUCCGAGCAAAGUAGAUGAGCGGAAGGAGCGGGAUGAUUACUUGGAGCGAAACGACUUCAGCUUCGGAAACGGAGGGAUGAUGGCGAGAGAGGGUGGGCGCGAGGCCGGAGGAGACGAUGAGAAGAUGCAUGAGAGCAGCAAAGGAGCAAAGAGAGCCACGGCGUUGCCUCCGGCCAGCGUCAUGACGAGACUGAUCCUAAUCAUGGUGUGGCGCAAGCUCAUCCGCAACCCCAACACCUACUCCAGCCUCAUCGGUCUCACCUGGUCCCUCGUCUCCUUCAGAUGGCAUGUCGAGAUGCCUGCCAUUAUAUCACGUUCCAUCUCCAUACUGUCGGACGCAGGCCUUGGCAUGGCUAUGUUCAGUCUUGGUCUGUUCAUGGCGUUGCAGCCAAGGAUCAUAGCAUGUGGGAAUAAGGUUGCAGCUUUUGCCAUGGCCGUGAGAUUCCUCGCAGGCCCAGCUGUCAUGGCUGCCGCUUCCAUAGCCGUGGGUCUCCGUGGCGUCCUCCUGCACGUCGCCAUUGUACAGGCUGCACUCCCUCAAGGCAUUGUCCCCUUCGUCUUUGCAAAGGAGUACAAUCUGCAUCCUGAUAUCCUUAGCACUGCGGUUAUUUUUGGGAUGCUGAUUGCACUGCCCAUUACGCUGGUUUACUACAUUCUACUGGGUCUCUGAUGUGAAGUGCAUCCCCAGAGAAAGAGGGAGGCGUCAAAAGACGGCAGCGUAGGCUGGGUUGCAAAGAAAGAAAAGAGAGACGAUCUGAUCUUUACUAUUAAAAAAAGAAAAAAAAAAGGAGAUCCGAUUCGGACCGCGACGUGGUUCUAUUGAAAGAUGAUGCUGUAAAAUGAUGUGCUUUUUAAUCUCAAGAGCUCUUCUUUCUUC